CUCCAGGAACUCUUGACUGCAUUACAGUCGUGAUUAUAGUGUAACUUCUCAAGCAGUACGCAAAUUCAGUGCAUUAAAACGCGCGUUAUUUGAUGACGUUGCAGAAGUCAAUAUCAAUAAAAAGUAGACUUAUCGGUGUCAAAGUUCCUUUGGAGAUCCUCCUUUAGAUAGCGAAUGGGCGGAUGCAAGUGGACUAUAUAAACAGGACUGACCGUAAGAUACAGCCUCUGUGGAGUUAAACAGCUGGAAUCCUGAUUGAAACGGAAGCUUCUUCUUUUUGCAGCACUGAAACUACCAUCAAACAUGAAUAAAGAAGACGACAUGAAGGAAGUAGAACUGAACGAGAUGGAUCAGGAAAAACAGCCGAUGACCGGAGAAACUCCGACAGGCACCGAAAAAAACGGCUCCGUAAAAGUUAAAGUGCCGGAGGACACCGAAGUCAAAUUUACUGGCCUCUCCUGUCUGAUCUGUCUAUCCUUCUGUCUGAUCUGUCUAUCCUUCUGUUUGUGGAUUCGGACUCGUUGGGUUUUGCUGGUUUUGUUCUGGCUCGGCUGGGUCGGCAUGUUAGCUGGAGCAAUAGUAAUCAUAGUACAGGCCCCACGCUGUAAACCCAUUCCUGAGAUGAACUGGUGGAACGAAGGUCCUCUGUACCAGAUAUCUGACGUGAAUGAAUUCUCUGAAAAUGGACUAAAAGGAGUGGAGGAGAAGCUAGAUUAUAUCAACCAGAUGAAGGUGAAGGGGCUUGUUUUGGGUCCGAUACACACUGUGCAAGCAGACGAGUCAAGCACACUGGAACUAACUUCCAUUAACCCCGAAUUUGGCUCUGAGAGCCAGCUGAUUUCUCUGUUGGACCGAGCACAUAGAAAAGGAAUCUCCAUAGUGCUGGAUCUAACACCCAAUCAUGAGGGAGUUUCAGCCUGGUUCAACAAUGCUGCUUCUGUUGCUGAUCGACUCAAAGAAGCUUGUGUGUACUGGCUCAAUAAGGGGGUGGACGGCAUCUUCCUUUCACAUCUGAAUGACAUUGCAAACACAGAAGCCUGGCCGUCUGUUCAAGGCAUAUUCAACAAAACUGAUGGGACCAAAAAAAGAGCUCUGAUGGGAUCAGUCACGGGUCUCUCCACGGAUGAUGCCUCUCAUCUGCUGAACCAGUCCAGUGUUGACCUGCUCCUGACUGAACUGCCUGAUCCGGCUGAGCCCGGCAUAAGACAGGCCCAGGUGGUACAGAUACUCUACGCUGAUCACCCGCAGACGAGUCUGGGCUGGAGUCUGAGCGGACGGACUCUGGGUUCUCUAACUUCCAGAACUCCAGCAGCGCCCAUAAGACUCUAUCAAAUGCUGCUGUUCACCCUCCCGGGCACACCUGUGUUCAGCGCUGGAGAUGAGGUCGGACUGAAGGCUGGGGAGAAACUUGAAGCAAUGUGGGACUUGGAAAGUCAAGCAGAUGAUGACAAUACAACAGCAAAGACUGUACAGGAGGAACGUACCGCAGUGCGUGACUUCUUUAAAGCACUCAGUGAUCUGAAAGGAAAAGAGCGAUCUCUUCUGCACGGAGAAUAUAUAGGCCUUCACAGUUCACCCACUUCAUUAGCAUUUCUCCGCCUCUGGGACCAGAGUGAACGUUUCCUGGUGGCCUUAAACUGGGGAAAUGACUCUGUUACCAUGACACUGACCUAUAGCGACCUGCCGGCUGAGGCUCGGGUCCGUGCUUCCACAGACACAGAGAAUCUAGCUGUGGAUAGUAAGGUGUCAGUAGAGAAGUUAGAGCUUGGGCCCAAACAAGCUGUUCUGUUGUCUUAUGCUUUUCCUGGCUAGACACAUGGACACAGACAGUCCUUAGUAUCUCUGAUGAGUUUCAAUACUGUGCACAGGUUUGGAAAUACUUUGAGUUGAAUAGUUUAUAGUUGUAUUCUCUAAUAGGGAUACUUUUAGGAGCACUAACUUUAAAGCUAUAUGAAAGAGUUGUCACGGUUGGUGUAGGACAGAAGUUGAUUUCCAUAUAGAGACAUGUAGAUCUAAAGCCCCUGUUAUAAUAAUAAAUAAAAUUGCAAUUG